UAGUGAUAAAAAUAAUAGCAGUAGUAAUGAUAACACAAUGCCGCCAUCCCAACAAUUAUCAUUCUCUCCAUCCCAACAACAACAAAGUUCAUCUUUUUCACCUCAACCACCCCAACCUAUAUCAUUCUCAUAUCAACCGCUACAACAGCCACAACUACAACAGCAUUCAUCAUUCUCAUCUCAACCGCAACAACCACCUCAACUACAACAGUCACUCCAACCCCAACAACAUUCAUCAUUCUCACCUCAACCGCAACAACCACACCAACUACAACAACAUUCAUCAUUCUCACCUCAACCGCAACAACCACCUCAACUACAACAGCCAUCCCAACUACAACAAUAUUUAUCACUCUCACCUCAACCGCAACCACAACAGCCUUUAUCAUUCUUACCUCAACUACAACAGCCACCCCAACCACAACAAUCUUUAUCAUACUUAUCCCAACAGCAACCACAUCAACUUUUAUACAACAAUAAUAAUAGUAAUUACUAUGGCAGUAAUCUCAAUUCAAAUCAUAAUCCUGUUAAUUCAAACAUCAAUAACAUUCCUUUAUUGAAUUCCAAUAAUGGCAUCAAAUAUAACAAUAAUUCUUUAAUUCUUUCUAUUUCUCAUC